ACAGGAGACAGCCAGUACCGUGCAUUUCUUCUGCUGAAGGCCCUGAAGACAGUGGCCCGAACGUAUGAGGUGCAGAGAGGACUGCGGGCUACCAGAGCUGGCCCCAACAACCCAGUGAGGGGCAACAUAUGUGGCCUGAGGAGCCUCACUGUGUCCCUUGAAAGACGUCUCAUGGGUCCAAACUCUGCCAACAUCAAUAAUUGCCAUGGCUCUUGUGCUUUCCCCCUGGUCAAUGCCAACAACCAUGCCGUCCUGCUCAACUCCCACAUCGAGAGUGAGAAUGUGGACGAGCGGGCGCCGUGUUGUGUGCCUGUGGCAUAUGAAGCCCUGGAGGUGGUGGACUGGCAUGAACAUGGGACUAGCCUCUCCAUUAAACCAGAUAUGGUAGCGAAGGAGUGUGGAUGCCGCUAAAGCUGUUUUCUUCUUGGAGUGUACUUGUGACACAAAAGAUAUUUUACAUCUUUGGUUUAACAGUCACUGACCAUAGUUAGAAACAUAUCACUUAAAUGUUACGAUACUGUCAUUUAUUUAUUCACACAGUAUUAAUACACUGGGAGUAAAUGCACAUUAAUUCACAGAAGUGUCUUUAUGCUACAUACUUUCACAUAUAUAGACAAUAUUUGCAGUAGAUGCACACAGCACAGUGUUUCUCACACUUACAAAUAAUCAAAUGUAUUGAAACCAAAAACGAUUGUGUUCGAGGGUGGGUCUUUGUCUUCAUGUAAGCCAAAUAUAGUAUUAUCAUCAUCAAACCUCUUAUCAUUCAUUCAAGACCACUUUUUGUGGUUUUAAUUAAAAUUCCAAUAAUCAUUGAAAAUACUGUUGUAAAACUACCAAGUUGUUGAUGAUGAUUAUAUUACAAUGUGGUGGUGACAUUUCUAAAUUAGUGAUACUAAAAGGGAGAUUUUAUGGAGUGAUUUAAAAUAUGUAUCAUAAUGUUGAAUGUCCUGCCAAACUAAUUAAAUUGUGUUCUUUUCAAUACAAACAAAAAUUGAUUAAUGUUCUGUAUCUUUAUAUUAUUAAAUGCAAAGUAUAUUGAA